AUGUUCCACGGAUCCAACACCCGCCUCAACGCCGCCGGUCUCGCACCCGAGCACUCCAAGCUCCUCCCCGAGAGGCAGCCCAAGGACGACGAAGCUGACCUCCUCAACGCUCUCCAAGAGCUCUACACCUCUGCCACGCCCAGCGAUGCCUGCUUCUCCAUGUUUGCCAACGAGGCCAUCCUCACCCUCCCCACCGGCGAUGUAGUGGUCGGACCCAACGGCAUCCGUGCCAAGUUUGCCGAGCUGCUGUCGAGCCACUCGCAGCGCACCCUGCGUCAACGUCUGCUCGUCACGCCCGAGUCGCUGCCCCACCGCACCAUGGUGCUCGACCAUGUGCUCAGCCUCUCGAACGCAGGCGACGACAUCAAGACGGUCCACUCGCUUGUCGUACUCAAGCGCAAGGCGCAGGACGGCAAGAUCUCGGCCCUCACCGAAGAAGAGGGUCACCGCAAGGCCACCGCGCCCCUCGCCGCGCGCGCCGCCGCCGCCAACAGCUUCUACUCGCCCACAGACGCACAGCUCAGCCCAGUCACCUCCAAGCUCAACCUCGCCAAGCGCAAGCACCACAUGAAGGCCAAGCCCACCGCCCUCUUUGCAAACAGGUCCGGUCUCCGUCAGGCCGUCAUCCCCGGCUCGCCAGCGCAUAGCACCACGUCCAACGCAGACAUGGACUUCUAG